AUGUCUGUCUGUCCACCAUAUGCGCCCUUCUUUGGCUUUGCUGGCGUUGCCUCCGCCAUGAUAUUCAGCACGGUGGGGGCCGCCUUCGGCACGUCAAAAUCUGGGAUUGGUAUUGCGGGUCUUGGGACGUUCAAGCCUGAACUCAUCAUGAAGUCCCUCAUUCCCGUGGUCAUGUCCGGUAUCAUUGCCGUGUACGGGCUGGUGGUCUCCGUGCUUAUUGCCGGCGGACUGAAGCCCACGGACUACUCGCUAUACGCUGGGUUCAUCCACCUCGGUGCUGGUCUUGCCUGCGGGUUUACAGGUCUCGCUGCGGGGUACGCGAUCGGUUACGUCGGCGACUCGUGUGUACGCGCAUACGUAUUCGAGUCGAAGGUGUUCGUGACUAUGGUCCUCAUCCUCAUCUUCGGCGAAGUUCUAGGCUUGUACGGGUUGAUCGUAGCUCUCAUCAUGAACUCGCGAGCAUCGGAAGCGGCGCGUUGUCCAUGA